AAUAGGUACUUUUGAGUGCUGGCGUUUUCACAGCAAAACGAGUGAUGAUUAUCUUUUAGCUAGAUAGCUUUUGUAAAUUGAUCGUUUGUCCUAGUGGAAAAAGUCGCAGAAAUAAAUAUUUUUUUCUUGUGAAAGUGCAAACUAUCUAAAUAUUCUCGUGCCUAACAUUAAAAUGCGUCUUGUUUCACUGUCUGAAUCGAAACGGAUGGUGAGCGAUGGCGAGAAUACGGUGAUAGAUUUUUGGUGUUAAAAAUUUGCUCUGUGUCAUCGCCGUUUUAGUUUUCUACUACUCUAAGAAGGACAAUACUUGAUUGAUUUUGACGUUUUUCGUGUUAAUUUUUCGAAAUCUUUAAAUAUUUCAACGAUUAUUGUGGGGAAAUUAAAUUGUCAUCGACUGACCGGCUGAUAUUACACGAGGCUUGUAUGUAUAUGUGACUUCUGCCUUCAGGUAUUAGUGACACGCCUCAGAAAAUAAAACUUAAUUUUGUGAAUGGACAUAUUCUAUUUUGUUAUUGUGUCGUAUUUGUGAUAAAGACGUUUUAAAAUUACGUAACUUGUGGAAUCUUAGUGUAUUAAAAUAUGGCCUGAGUGUGACCACUCCAUUACCGUCAUGUGUGACGAAGGAAUGUUUAUUUAGGCUCUAAUAUUUUGCUGCGACUUUACCCCAAGUGCGCGUUUGAUUCGUAGAUUGAGCUGGAUCAUGAAUCUAUCCGAAUCAAAACAAGUUUUGCAUUGAUUGUUCUCGACCUAUUGUCAUUUCGGAUACUUUUAUAUUAGCAAAAUGUCUUCGGGAACGUUUGUGGAUAGGAUUGACCCUUUUGCCAAGCGAUCGAUGAAGAAAAAGACCAAGAAGUCCCAAGGAUCCUCGCGUUACCGCAACACGCAGGAUGUAGAGCUACAGGCAUUGCCCCUUUUAAAAGAUGUUCCAAGCGGUGAACAAGAGGAGCUAUUUAUUCGCAAACUGCGGCAAUGCUGUGUAGCUUUUGAUUUUAUGGAUCCUGUUGCCGACGUGAAGGGGAAAGAGAUCAAGCGUGCCACACUCAAUGAGCUUGUAGAGUACAUCACUCCUGGAAGUGGAGUACUCACUGAACCUUUUUAUCCAGAGAUCAUAAAAAUGAUAUCGGCUAAUUUAUUCCGGACUUUGCCGCCGAGUGAAAAUCCCGAUUUCGAUCCGGAGGAAGAUGACCCGACGCUGGAGGCUUCGUGGCCACACCUCCAGCUAGUGUACGAGUUCUUCCUGCGCUUCCUCGAGUCAUCUGACUUUCAACCCAUAAUCGGCAAGAAGGUCAUCGACCAGAAAUUUGUUUUGCAGCUUUUAGAUUUGUUCGACUCGGAGGACCCCCGCGAGCGCGACUUCCUCAAGACCGUACUCCACCGCAUCUACGGCAAGUUCUUGGGUCUGCGAGCCUUCAUACGAAAACAGAUUAACAACAUUUUCCUAAGAUUCGUCUAUGAAACUGAACAUUUUAAUGGCGUUGGUGAAUUACUUGAAAUAUUGGGAAGUAUAAUAAAUGGGUUCGCUCUGCCACUGAAGAGCGAGCACAAACAGUUCCUGGUGAAGGUGCUGCUGCCGCUGCACAAGGUGAAGUGCCUGUCGCUGUACCACGCGCAGCUCGCCUACUGCGUCGUGCAGUUCCUCGAGAAAGACGCCACGCUCACCGAGCCCGUUGUGCGCGGACUACUCAAGUUCUGGCCCAAGACAUGCUCGCAGAAAGAGGUCAUGUUCCUUGGUGAAAUCGAAGAGAUUUUGGACGUCAUUGAACCAGCACAAUUUGUUAAAAUCCAAGAGCCAUUGUUUAGGCAAAUAGCAAAAUGUGUGUCUAGUCCACAUUUCCAGGUGGCCGAAAGAGCACUCUAUUAUUGGAACAACGAAUAUAUAUUAUCACUCAUGGAAGAAAACAACCAAGUGAUAAUGCCAAUAAUGUUCCCCGCACUGUAUAGGAUGAGCAAGGAACAUUGGAACCAGACCAUAGUGACCCUCGUGUACAACGUGCUCAAGACCUUCAUGGAAAUGAACUCAAAACUGUUCGACGAGCUCACUGCGAGUUACAAGGCGGAACGGCAGAAAGAGAAGAAGCGCGAGAAGGAGCGCGACGAGCUGUGGAAGCGGCUGGGCGAGAUGGAGAUCAGCCACAAGCGCCAGGCCGCGGGCGUGGCCAAGUGACUCCCUCCGGCGGCUAGAUAAUGCGAUGCGGUUUAUUUUCACCUAUGUUUCAUAUUUUCAAUGCGAUUACAUUUUUGUUAAUGACGUUAUUAAUUUUUUAUACCUCUAAUGAUUCGUUCGUUCGGGUGGAUCCGCCGACGUCUCCGACCGCUCCGAGUUCCGCGUCCCGAAUGCACCGUCAUUGUUGUACUAGUAUUUUAUAUUCGUUUACGUAGGAUACUAGAUUACUUUAGGAUUUUUUAAUAUUGUUAAAUCGUUCGAUAAGUUAAAAGUUGUAUGUAUUAUUGAUGCAUGAUCGAUUGUAUCGCAUUUCGAAACACCGAUGAUUGUAUUUAUCGGGCACCCGGCUUUCGGCUGAAAAUGAUUGUACAAAAAAAAAUUAAUAGUGAAAUUCGAAGAUGUAAUUUGUUUAGUGCGCGGGCCCGGCUGCCGCUCCGGCCCGCCCGUAGUCGUUCUGUCGAAUUUUGGUUUAACUAGAUGCUGGCUACUAAUGGUAAUUUUGUCGUACUAUCAUUUUGUAUAGAUACAUAGUGUAAAUAGGCAUUUAUUUAUUAUAAAUUUAUGGCAGUGUGAUUUUUAUACAUAGCUGCGGGACCGAUGAUGCGAACUGGAGACUAUGAAUGUUACAUGCGUUCGGCACGAUCAAAACUAAAAAAAGGUAAGUGAAUCAUAUUGGAGUAGAACGAUGUCGAAGUAGAUAUGAUAAUUUUAAGAAAAUAGUCAUUCAUUUGUAUGAUAUUGCUGUAGCCAUUAAUUUUUCUAUGAUCACUGUAGAGCAGCGCGGACGGUGCCCGCCCGCCUCUGUAUAUAGUAUGUACGACACGCCAGCACGUGCGUAUGUAUGUAUGUACACUAUGGAGAUGUUUGUUAUGUAAAAUGUAUUAACAUUACAAAAAUUAUAUGAUCUUAUAUAUAAAUUACUAUUAUAGUACACAGUAUGGAAAUAAAGAAGUUGACUCACAUGAA